AUGGCGAAUGUCGAUUUAGUCAAACCCAAUCAGUUUUUCAUUUUUGGAGCUAAAGAAAUUAGCAACCAUACGUUGGAAACGGGAAGAGAAAAGAGUCCUGGUUUGAAGAUCCUCUGGGUCUGGACUCUCGGCACUGCUGCUAUAUUGGUGGCUAGCGUUGUCCGCACAAGAAUGCAUGACAUGGAGUCUAUGAUGAACCAGGAACAAAACAACCACAUAACUGCAGCUCAUUCGGAUGUAACAGUUUUGCCCGAGUCAGUUCAAGAAAUUGCCAAAGAACUCAAAUGA